AUCUAGAAUAAUAGGUCCAUUGUAACGCAAUGUGAUUAAACCAGCACACAAUAGCGGGACAUUUAAAAAGCUGAUGGGACGUACGAGAUAGGAAUGUAAGCCGUACAUACAAUGAAUGAAUUUAAUACACAGCGGAUACGUCGUGUUCAAAAUAAAAAGACAUCUUCUUUUUCCUGAUAUUUCUGCGUAUUUGAGGAAUAAUCAAUAAUGGAUACCGGAAUUGAUUUCGGAUAUGAUUUCAAAGAUUGAUGAUAACGACCACGUUAGAUCAUAAUGAGUCAGAAAGAAGAGAGAGGAUCGAGGGCAUUUGUGUUCCAGAUCAUCGUGACUUAGCCAUGAACCAGAAUAGCCGGUGGUUGAGUCGCUGCCCGGAAAGCAGGAGAUGACAGAUGGCAGAGGACAUUCCUGGGAUCACUAUACUGAUAGUUCAAGGGACCUGAGAUGCGUUUAUGACGUUUUAUCAGACAAGUCUUGCUUUAUCCGACAGUUACCUAUAAGGAACUCAGUUCAACUGUUCUUCUCAGCCAAUCAACAUCAAGGAAAGUUGUCAGAACUGACUACUUGUCGGACAACAAAUGUUGAUGAAACGCUCCCUAGGCCGGGGAGAGUUCCAUUAACAUUUGUCUUCCGAUUGGUUGUCAGAUUUGACAACUUUCCUAGCAUUUGAUUGGCUGAGAUGCAAUGUUACUAUGGUAACCGCCGGAUACAACAGGAUUUGUCGGAGAAAACACCCGACAAGUCCUUCCAAGGAACGCUGAGGGCAAUACUUCCAGCCAAAGAAAAGGACGCAUCGUGAAAAGAUGCAUGGCAUUCCAGUGGGAGUUUGAAGUACACUCAGCAUGCUCAGUAAGGGGUUGGUCACCUUUGUGACCAGCAUCGUCCUGGCUUCUGUUUGUCAUAACCCGACGGUGAAGCCCGCCCUCAAGUAUGUCGUGAUGGUCUGAUGUCCGAAGGGCAGCGGAGAAGGCCAAGAAGGAGAUUGAUAAGGAGAAGGCCAAGACAAAAGCUGCAACCCAGAAAAAAUCACCUUCAGGAGAAGAAACAGAAGGCAGCCGCAUCUAAGAAGACAAAAGCAGCACCAAAGACAGUGAAGAAGCCGGUAAAGAAGACUACUGAGAAGAAAAAGAAGAAAAGACACCAACGAAGAAAAGUCGUCGACAUCCAAGAAGGCGACCAAGAGGUCAGUAGCAGUGAAGUCGGUUGUACAUGUACGUCCUACAGGAUCAAGAUUGAAUUCCAUACCCACAUGCUGAGACUCUUUAUCAUUGGACCGUCUUUGACUUUGAUUGCUAGCUCACUACAAACAACCUACAACCGUGUCAGUUCAAGAGGAGGAAGAGACUGAUAGCCGCUUAAAUGAAGAGAAGUAAAAACUUCACAUGCAUCGUAUGCUGAAUCUAGAAGAACUAGUAUGCAUGGAUAUCACUAAAUGUCUACAAUACUCAUAAGAUACCAGUGGUAAAUACAGUACUUUUCCCGAGAUGCCCGUGUCAAACCAAGCUGAAAUUGGUUAUCCGAAUGGGUCUCUCUUGUUAUCGAGAACUCUUUGGCCCCAUCAAGAUUGAAGUACCAUUGUAUGAUGGCUUCUAGACAUCGUAGAUCAUCAGGGAGAAGUUCGAUCGAGAAUCUGAUGUGGUCUACAUGUAUGAAGCAGUCAUCAUCAAGCAAGCACAGAGUGACUUCCACGAGAGCAACGCUCGGAAAUCUACAGGGUUCAAGCCCAACAGCAAGCAAAGAAUAUGGAACUCGAAUGCGAAGGAGUGGCCAUGCUGGAGGAUGUACUCACCAACUCCGAUCAAAGGUCAAGAUAGUGCUUGGAAAUACGCCAGCAGGGCCAGAGUAAUCCCAACAUGGACAUGCCCGCUAUCUAAUGUUAACCAUCUUCAAAGAGAGAUAUUCUACCGGAGAGAAGGACAUGACACCAAUCUUGAAAGUUUCACUUACAUGGAAUGCCUGGCGUGAGGAUUUAUUUACGUGGGAUAUAGGAUCAAACACUACCUACUGCCAAUGGUGAUGACUGCCAGGAAUGGGAAAAGUUUUGUGCGUAAAAGGAAUCUCAUCACGGCCAUUCAGCGAGAAGAUGCAUUUGUUCAUCCAUAAAUUGUAUCCUGAUAUGUAAAAGCUGUAUUUAUUUGGUGUUUUUAACCAGAGUUGAUAACCUCCUUUUUUUUUGGGGGGGGGGGUCUCGCCUGCAUUGCAGAAAAAACGCGUAGGCGCUUUUGGAUAACAAUGUAUUUUUUCCCCCAUCAUUUUGACAAAUAUUCAUUCAAAUUAAAUGAAACUUUUUUUAGAUGGAUAUUGCUUAUAGAGAAUGGUAUGAAAUUAAACAUAAGUUUCUUAGCCAGGGUCAAAGGUCGUUGAAGUUCAUGAAUAUACGAUAAUUAUCAAAUGAAUUUUCGUUCUCUCUUUGAAAAAAAAUAUUGAACUUACAUGGAGGUAUUUUCAAAGUCAGCACUGUUGCUACAUUGCAUUGUGUAUUGCAGGUGAUUUGAUUUAAUUAAUCGGUUUUAUUGAAUCACAAACAAAAAACGUGUGUAACUUUUAAACAUGUGCAACAUUUUAAAACCUUUUUUUCUUAACUUUUGUUAGUGCAGGCGAGACAGCCAGGGGUGACCUAUUUGUUUAGGAAAUUUCCCCAAUGUCAAUCAAUUAAAUGGGAACCAAAUGUCGGUUAUCAUUCAGAGCAUAUUGCAUUAUCAAAUAGGCCCUAUGUUAAUUUUAAUGCAUUUGCUAUUCAUGAAUGCUCUUUUACGAUUUUAAGAUGAAAUUUGUGUAGCUCCAAGGAGCAGGUCCAAGCUAUCAUCUUAUCGCUUUGCUGAUGGUAUAAAGUAUCUGAAUUACCUUUUUUUUUAAAUCAAUGGAUGCGUACUGUGUAGGACAUGGUUACUAAUCUGUGCGUAAGGAUAGAAAUGGUUUGCGUAUUGUGUAGGCCUCGAGCUCAGAUGGUGAUAGGUGUUAUUGCUCCUCCGACAGUAAUUGCUCCGGGCUUUAUUUCGUCUCAGAUAUAUUUAGGUUAGGAUAAUAGGGUUGCAAUAGGGUUUUAUUUUAGGUUUAGGGUUAUGUUAAGGGUAUAGUUAGUUUUAAAUCCAGGUUGAAGUUAGUCGGUCGAUUAGCGUGUGGAAUUCAUAUCGGGGCAAUAAGUUGUCGGAGCAAAUGUCAUGAAAACUUUGUAGUAUAGUGUAUGUUUUAUCUUGAUGAAUAGCAUUUGGGUUUAUUUUGUGUUGACUAUAUUCUGCAAAAGUGGAUCCAAAGGUUUUCCAGAGUUUUCCCCUAUUGUGUUUUAUCUCUGGUUUUUUACCCUGGACCUACUUGUCGCAGAAUUGUCGAACACAAAGAACCCACCUCCCCCCUUAAAAAAAUACUUUGCAUACUGGAACUUAUUUUUCUAUAGGAAAAGUUAUUACACACAAAAAAAGUUUAGAAUAUGCAUAUUUUCGAUUUCAAUUUCUAUCCAUUUCAAUUGAUAAAUUGGAGAUAAAUGGUAAUGCAUUUCAAAUUACGGUAAAUGUUGUACAUCAAUCUCAGUUUAAUUUGAACUUUUUGAAUUAAUUUGUAUUUUUUAGGCCAGCAGCAAGCAAAGUUCGUUAUUAGCAAAUUAAAUCAAAUCGAUUCCUUUUCAUUUAAUAUGAUAGAAUGAUUUUAGCAUCAUCUUCAUACAAGAUGGAAUUUAAUAAUUCGGAAUCAAAUUAAAUCCCUAACGAAUUCCGUAACUCAAGUUUGACUAAACGAUGGAAAUUGAGAUUAGCAUUAUUGGAAAGCUUCAUUAUUCCUCUUUGCAAUGAAGGGCCAUCUGUUUUGAUUAUGUAAUCAUGGAAUGUGCAGUUACCCUGAUAUGGGGCAAAGUCAGAUGUGAAAUGUUGCAAAUUUGACUUGUUUUCUACACAAAGUCUCCAUUUCAUUUGAAUAUAUUUUUUUUAAUUUACCCCGGGUGAUUUAGUAUUAGCGUGAAAUACAAGCUUAAAAAUCCUGAAUUUCAAGAAGCAAAGAAACUAACUUCUCAAUGUCGUUUAAAAACAAAUGACAGAUUGUUAAUGCUGGCAGGGUCCAACAUUGUCUCGAACAUACUCAAAUACAUUAUGCAAUGAGAUGAGAUUAAGAAUACACUAUGUGUGCACACAUUCCAGCUUUUUUUUUUUUUACAUGAAUGCAAAUUUAAUAGGACAGUGCACAUUUCAUUGUUAUCUUAAGAUAGAAAAGAACAGACCACCGCAAAGAGGAAUAAAUUCACUUUUUAAUUAUACCAGAUUUACAUUAUGAUGAUGGAGGUAAUAAGUUUAUUACCUCUCUUGCAUCUUCAGUUUCAGGACUUUCUUGAGGGGGUUCAUUCAUGUAACUCCCCUCAUAAUGAAGUUCCAAAGAUUGUGAAGUAGUAGACGGUGGUAGGUUAAAUCAAGUGUUGUUUGGGUUUUUAAGAACAAAAAACAGUCAUUGGCAUUUCUUACCUAAUUCUGUGCAUUUCUAUUUUUCUGUGGGCUAUGUAAUCAACAUCGAUUGCCUACAUUUGCCUAAUUUCAAUCUAUGGAAGCGAAGAAACAAGUUUUAGUUGAAACACACAAAUUGCAAUGAUUUUUCUAUUAAUGAAAUCAAAAUUUUCGAACUUACAAAAUGUUGCACAACUUCGGAACCCUGUGUGUGGGUGAUCUGAGAAGUUGUUAGAAACUUACAAAGAUGGUAAUGAAGUGAUGUGCCGUUAAGGUCAAAUUUCAAAGGUCACGAAGGUCAUUAUUUGACAUUUUAGAAGUUAGGUGUGUAAUAUAUUCCUGCUCUGGUAAUGUUGGAGGCAUAGAUUUUGACUCGGUAGUAUUAUGCAAUCAUGUUUUCUCUUCGACUAAGAAUCGGCCAGGUGUCGUAAAAAUUGCCUUUAUUUCAUAAGAUUUAUUUUUAUUUUUAGAAAGUUUAAAACACUAGCAAUACAAUUCCGGGAAGUGUUUCACAAAUUGAUAAUUCUGACUUAAAGUCGUGCUUAAUAUAAAUGCUAAUUUGACAUCUCAUGGUUUGCGUAGUCUCAAGAGCGCGUUCUUUGAGCGUGAUUCCACCAAUACAGUCCAUUAUUUUCCACUUAAGUGGAUGUAUUUGACAAAUUUUGAUGUCUUAAAUCUUUGUGAAACACCCCCGUCUCUUAAUCCACAUGUAAUGUCAGAUAGCUUGGACCUGUCCUUAAGUGUACCAUUGUAUUUAUUAUGUACUUACUUUGUAUUCAUGAUUUUAUUUUUUGUUCAUUCUUGAAAAAAAUGUAAGACCAGCAGCCGAGAAGACUCAUUCAAGUUGGAGGACCAUAGCAGUUGACCUAUUUGAUCGAUGGAGUAAUCCUGACACCUUACAAACAUGGUUUUCUGUCUGAUUUGAGCUGGGGUCUUCCUACCAGAAUCACACAAUUGGUGACAUCACUACCAAGAGAUCUAUUUUUCGGUGUGCGGAGAGGGGCACUGGACACUGUUGUGCAUGGUAUACAGCUUCUAUAAUGUAAGUGCUUUAUUUCUGAUUUCAAUGUUAUUUUGUGUAGCCGAGAGUCUGCAAGACAAUGCCAUUGGUUUUCCAGAAAUUAUCAAUCUGAGGGUAAAAUUACUGUAGAAAGUAUUUUGCAGCCUUUUCACACACAUUGGCUUUUAAUCCGCGUUUUACUUCAAAUGCCUUUAAAAAUUUAUGAUAUUUUCUUUCGAAUCAAAUUCUUUUAAUGAAAAUCUAUCAAAAACAAUAUUCCCGAGGGCAAGUUCGAUAACACUGUGGGGACUUGUAUAAAAUCCCAUCGCUCUUUCCCAAUCCCCUAUCCCCUUUUUCUUUCUCAUUAUCCCCACCCUCCUCCCCUCAUGUUCCACUCUCCACUCUCCUUUCACCUUGAAAAUACUUGCAUUAUCUGUUGAUCCAUUGAUUGUUGUCUUUCUUUUUAUACCUCCCUGUACUAUCUGUUCUAGCUGCUGGUCUAAUCAUAUCUUUGUUUCACAUUGUUUCAACAUGAUAUCUGACAUGACUGAUUUGAAAAUGUGCUAAAAAGACAAAAGUAUUUAACAAGGAAAUUAGUAUAUAUUUACAUUAAAAAAAUUGCAGAGCCGCCAUGAUAUAGAGCAGUGCAAAUUAUUUUGCAAUAAAUCUGUUCCACUUUUCUGUACAUAUUAACUUUUGGACACAUUAAUUUAAGUUAAUUAUUCAAACUUUUGGUCCUAUCCCCAUUCACCAUAAACCUAAAUGUUUGUGAGAAUGCCGAGUGUGUAUCCAUCAUGUAAACACAUAAUGCGAGAGAUUUUGCCGGACCGGCAUUGGGUGAUAAUGAUAUUGUGAUGAAGGUGGCUUCUCAAUAUCGGUUUGUCUGCCCAAAACCGUUGUCUUUUACUGGCCUACUCGAAUUUGGAUAAACAAAACCAGGAAACAAAAAUUAACCCAUUUUUACGAGGAUUGUGUGCUUCAAUUGUAUUUCCACAAUGUGUAAAGUAAAGGGAAAAAAUAUUCCAUCAAUCACUGCAUUACAAAUAAGUCUGGGAUCUAGUCUUCGAAGUGCAAUGUCAGAUUUUGAUUUCUCUCUUGCCAGCAAGUGAUAUUUGCUUUUCAAGCCAUUAUGCAAGAGCCUUGCCCACUGUAGAGUUUCUAGUUGACCCCUAUCGAUUUGUAUUGGACCUCUUGUACGUUUGUAGAUGGAGCAGUUAGCCAAGACGCCUUUUUGGGCUUGGUGCAUGGCAGUGAUCAAGGUCGAUCAAGAACCGGUUUGCACUCCAAAGAGGAGAUUCGAGGAACUGUUGAUAUGUGUUAAUUUGCUCUCUUCUGGUAACAUGUUUCAAUUGCAUGUGACUUUAUGUAUUUGGUGUUUGAAAAUCCGGUUAUGUUGUGAAAGUCCUCGAGUAGCCUACUCUCUGAUCAAGAGGAAUGUGUUCUUUUCAUAUUUGAUUUCCAGAGCUCUUCAAAACAUCAUGUAAGUUGGAUAUUGUCUAUUAGAAAGUGAAAUUCUGGUAUUUUAUGAGGAAUCUGUGCGUCUGAAUCUCUUACUCAUACGUGGCGCCUUUAAGUGGAUAUUUUGGUCGACAUUACAUCAUUCUGAUCUGCAAGGCUCUUGCUAUCUAUAUUGGAUUUGACUCUUUCGUGUAUCCAUAUUUUGGUCUGUGAGUGAGGCAGUGAUCCACUGGAUUGUCAACCUACUGAACUCUCUGUUCGUCGUGUUCAAGCAUUGCAUCGUCUGGUAGUUUUUCCUCCGAGAACAUUUUAAGUCAUAUCCUGUAUGAAAAAAUUGCAUUUAUUCACUUAGCAGAAUUCAAGAGGGAUUGCCGUAUUUGGGAAGGCAUUUGGUGGAAGUUUGCAUGAUCUGCAGUUGUUUUUCAAAUCUACAUCUCUCUACUGGGCUUCAAAAAAUUGAUUCGGUCCGAACCAGAGCUGUGUCUUGGUUCUAGUCGGGUUUUACCUACUGUGGUUGUAGAAGAUUGUGACAUUGCCUACCGGAAGGAGCCGGAGUGGAUGACUCUUCAAGAUCUGACUAUGGUGAUCAAUGUGAUCGAGAGGCUUGUAAUUCUUUAAACAGCCUCAUCAGCAUCCUCACAUGGUGUUCUUAUCCUCAAGGAAUCUUGAUUAUUCGAGACCUUACCAUGGUGAUCAAAGAAAGAGGACUGUUGUACCUUGAAUAGCCUCAGCAGGAUUCUCACAGGGACUCUGUUGUAGGGCCGGACCAGAGGGCGCUCUAGUCUAUAGUUCCCUAGUUUUAAUGUCUCGGCGUACGUUUGAAGAUAAGGAAUGUAAUCGCAUGACUUCCUCUAGUAAAUUAAUUGCUACAACGGACUCUGACGUCCAGUCUGGAACGAGUUUUUGACAUUCCAUUUGGUGCUGUCUGUUCUUCUGAAAGAUUGUUACUGUUGUCACUGGCCUUUUGCCUAAAGAAAUGGAUUCCCACAUCGAGUCUGGAAUGAGCAGUGGAAAUUUGUAUUUGGUGCCGUUGUUGAGAUUCCUUUUGGCGGAAGAAAGUGUUUCCACUUCCAUUCUGGAAGGAGUUUUAGAGUUUCUCGGUGUUGAAUGUUGACAUUGCGCUUCACUACUAGGGAACAUACAAUUGUACUGUAAUGAUUGAUGGCGCAUUGUGGGAUAUAAAGUGCACUUCCUCAGGACGAGCCUAUCUUGAGGGUUCGACCUGUUAGAUCUAGAUUCACAUAUCAUGUCAUUCCGACUGCUUUUAGCUCUAUCUCUCAAAAUUGUGUGGAAGAAGUGAUGGAUACAUACGCAAUCCGAAACAUUUGGUCAUUGUAUAAUGGUGAAUAAAUUAAAUUACCUUGACGGGGAAACAUAGACAACAAAGAGGGAAAAAAAGAAAAAAAAACAUCAAGUUUAUUUCAAAAUACUUGAUCUAAAAUGCAGUGUUCAUUGAAGUUCAUAGAACACAAUUGUUUUAUGUAUAGAAAAAACGGUGCAUUUAUUUGCAAAAUAUGUGUUAUACAUCCCAUCUGUUCAGGCUACUGCUCAUUUGAAAAGAAUAGGCACCCCCCCCGAAAAAUAAAAAUGAAAUAAAAUCAAAUCAAAUUAAACUAAAUUAAACUAAAUCAAAUUAAUUGAAUUAGAUUGAAAUCAAAUAAAAAAAUAAAUGAAAUACAAUAAAAAUGAAAUAAACAAAAAUUAAAAAGACAAUGAUGAAAUGAUACGAUUGAUUAUUAAUUAGCAAUUUAAAAAAAUGAUUAUUCAUAAUACGGUUUAAUUAAAUUAGAACAUUUUCAUAUCAGUCAUGUAUUUAAAUGUUGAAAUGAUGUGAAACGAAGGAAGAUUUGCAGAUAUGGGGAGCAUUUCAUGAGAUUUGUCAGUGAUUAUCACCAACUAAUUUGCUAUUGACCAAUCAGAUACAGUGAUUCAUUAGCUCAUAACUCUGUUGGUGAAAGUCACUGACAAAAAUCUCCAUGAACUGUUCCCUUGGAUGGAUAGUACAGGGAGGUAUGGAGAGAGAGAACAAUCAAUGGAUUAACUGGUAAACUUGUAAGGAGAAGAGGGGGAAUAGAGGGGAGGGGUUGGUAGUGAGGUGGUGGCUUUGUUCAAGGGUGAAUAACUAGAAUACAAAGGAGAUUAACAUAUUGAUUCAUAUGGUAAUUGGUAUUGUCUUGCAUACUCUCGACUACACAAAGUGUCAUUGAGAUUGAACUUAUAAAGCACCUACGUUGAAGAUGCAGUAGACCGUGCAUGGCAGUGUCCAGUGCCCUGCUCUGCACACUUAAAAAAUAGGACUCUUUGUUAGUCUGCCAUGUAUUGUGUGAUUCUGUCAGGAAGACCUCGGCUCAGAUAAGGCUGUUGGCCAGUUUGUGAGUGUUAGGGUUUGCUUCAUUGAAUCAAGGUCGGUUGCUAUGGUAACUCUAACUUGGAUGAGUCUUCUCGACUGCUGGUCAUUUUUUUUUAAUAUUUUUUUUUUGCGUAUA